AUGGCAGAUUCAUGGAGCGAUAUCUGUCGCCAAUGCGUGAGCACAGUAGCUGAAGUUCCAGCUUAUAUCUUGCUCGGUUCUUUCCUCGCAACUUCCCUCGGCGUGUUUGUUCUGUUCUACCUCUUCCUCUCAUUUGUCGCGCCGGUCCCGCGGAAACCCUUACCCGAAGAAAAGAAGUAUAGGACUCUAUCGAAAGACGGAACCACUACAGCCCCCGAACAGCUCCCAUGCUGGUACGACGCGCUCGAAUCCAAAAAGCAAGCUCACCCAAAUGAAAAGCACACUUCCAUCGAACCGGCCGAGCUAUUCAUGUCGGUCGUAGUGCCCGCCUACAACGAGGAGGAUCGACUCUCGGGCAUGCUGGAGGAAGCGGUUGAUUAUCUGGAACAUAUGUACGGCACAUUAAGCAACGAUGGAACCUCAGCAGUGGAAACCCGGUCGAUACGAAAGCGCAAGCCGAACACAGACGUGGCGAACGGCCACACUACGGAUUCAGGAUCGAACCGAGGAUGGGAGAUCCUCAUUGUCUCGGAUGGCUCGACUGAUCGGACCGAAGACGUGGCCUUUCGAUUUGCGAAAGAUCACCAGCUCUCCCUACAUCCGAAAGGAACAGCGGGGCCCUGGACGCCUCAGGUACAAGAGGGCGUGCAUAUCCCGCCGGGUACUAUCCGUGUCGUAAACUUGACUCACAAUCGUGGAAAGGGUGGCGCUGUGACGCAUGGUAUGCGCCAUGCUCGGGGCCGUUAUGUGGUAUUUGCCGAUGCGGAUGGGGCGAGCAAAUUUGGCGAUCUUGGAAAACUUGUUACUGCUUGUCAGGAAAUUGAGGACUCGGAGGGUCGGGGUGUAGCUGUUGGGUCGCGAGCGCACAUGGUGGGCAGCGAGGCUGUUGUCAAGCGAUCCAAGUUGCGCAAUUUCCUCAUGCAUUCGUUCCACUUGAUUCUGUGGCUUAUGACUCCGCCCAAGACCGCUACUGUUAAAGAUACGCAGUGCGGAUUCAAACUCUUCUCCCGCACUGCGCUACCUUAUAUCGUGCCAUACAUGCAUUCCGAAGGCUGGAUCUUCGAUGUUGAAAUGCUCAUGCUAGCUGAAUUCGCUCACAUCCCCGUGGCCGAAGUGCCAGUUGGGUGGAGGGAAGUGAUGGGUAGCAAGCUGAAUGUCAUCUAUGACAGUAUUGGUAUGGCUUGGGGCUUGGCUGUCUUACGAGCUGCUUGGUCCCUUGGCGUGUAUAGACAGAAGUGA